CUAAAAUGUACUGCGAAGAAGUUAUAAAAACAGUUUUUGUUUAUGCACAAGUUGGGCUAGACUCAAAUUCCGGACAGCUGUUUUUUUUCCAGGUGUAUAAACACCUGUGAGAUUUUGAUUCUCCCCAUCGUUAUCAGCACUUCUAAUAUUUUUUUUCUGUUAAACUCAAGCGCAUAAAGAGCAAUCAUUUGUCGACGAGACUUCUUACGUAGCUUGGGGACUUUAGCUAGAACAAUAACUAUUUUGUUGAAUAUGGAUCGCUGGAGAAAUCGCGUCGCUGUUGUCACUGGCGCCAGCUCGGGAAUUGGCGCCGAAUGUUGCAAGCAUCUGGUUGCAAGGGGCAUGAUUGUUGUGGGCCUGGCACGUCGUCUGGAUCGACUGGAGCAGCUGAAGGCUUCGCUGCCUGCCGAACAGUCUGCACAUUUUUAUGGCCACCAGUGUGACGUGAGUGUUGAGCAACAGGUGAUUGAUUCGUUUGCCUGGAUCGAUGAGACUCUCGGCGGUGCGGAUGUGCUGGUGAAUAAUGCGGGUAUUGUGCGCCGCAUGCACAUAGUCGACGAGGGAAACAGCGCCGACCUGCGAGAUAUAUUAAAUACCAACGUAUUGGGCGUUACCUGGUGCACACGCGAGGCCUUUCACUCGAUGCAGCGACGUCGGAUAAACGAUGGACAUGUGGUUGUUAUCAAUAGUGUUGCCGGGCACGGAGUGCCUGUGAAUCCUGGCUUCAGCUUCAACAUGUACGCACCUUCGAAGCAUGCUGUCACUGCUCUAUGCGAGGUGCUACGCCAGGAGUUCCUGAAUAAGGGUACCAUGACUAAGAUAACGAGCGUCAGUCCAGGCAUUGUUGAUACUGAAAUUUUUGACAAAAACUCACCGGAAGUGCUGGCAUUGGCAUUUUAUGCCAAUGUUACGUCCCGAGAAUGUGGCCGAUGCGGUCACCUACUGUAUCCAGACGCCAGCCAACGUACAGAUUCAUGAGCUGAUUAUAAAGCCGUCGGAGAAAGAUUCUAGAAAUUCUCAAAAUAUACCAAACAAAAAAAAAAGGUGCUCGCACGAAAAUAACA